CUAAUAAAAGUAAUAAAAACGUAUUUGAAAACAUCUUCGCUAAAACCCACAGUGAAUUGGAAUGUUUAAACAGUGAAAUCUCUAAACUUCAAGAUACUUAUUUAACCAAUGAUAACUCGGAUGAAGAGUCUGAUAAUGAAUUUAUUGAUAACGAAACCUAUGAUAGAACUUCAGAAGCAUUAGUCAUUAGUGUUGGCUGA